AUGUCGGACAGGCCACAACCAAAGACAGUAGCCACAGGGAAAACUAAGAUUGCUGCGGAUGGAAGGACCAUAUCCAUCCACCACCCGAAUCCGACGGGGGAAGUAAGGACUCGGAAAGAGUACCGCUCUCUUAAGAAUGAAAGGGUGAACUUGCUCCCAGUAAAGUAUAAAGCAGAGGACAGUAAUCCCCAGAACGGGCACUUCCAGUGUCCCGUGGACGGCUGUGUCCAGGUGUUUACCAGGAAGGCCGGCCUCUAUAAUCACAUGAAGAGGAAGAACGGCCAUUUGCAGGAUACUCUCCACGAUAAUGGCGACGGGACAUUCAGCAGAGUCAACGGGCCACAAGGGUUGCUAAGGCAGAAUGUCGAACAACAGGAUGCUGAACAACAGGAUGCUGAACAACAGGAUGCCGCAGCUAAAGACGAUAUGAGAGUCGAGAGACCCGAAUUUAAUGACGGCCACCCCCAAGAUCAGAUGGAUGUAUUCGGUGCAGCUCACAGCCCCGAGGCUGACCUCCGCGUGGUAGAAGAUGAAAUUCUCCCCUACCUACCUUAUAAACCAGCCCCUAGCACCCCUCAUGUUAGCCCUGAGCCUGGCAUCCGCGCGAUAGAAGAUCCUGAGUUAGGACACGGCGAAGUCAGAAUUGAUAUUUUUGAGAGACUUGGCUUCACGGACGACUUUCCGACGGAGGAGGAAAUGCCCGUUGAGCUACGCGAAAAAUACCGACUAUUUAGGUAUAUUACCGGCGAGGAAUUGUUGAGCCAGACCAUUCCGGAAAAUCCUUGGGAGUAA